AUGAACCGUCAGGUGGUUACCUCUACCCUGAGCCGGCGGGGUGUCGCCCUCGAUUGCUGCCGCGCGACCAGCACCCUCCUCAACACCAGCCGUCCCUUCUCCACCACCACCCGCCAAUGCGAAGACGAUAAGCCCAGCGCCAACAAGCCCGAUGCCGCUCCCCGCGCCCCCGCCAGCCCCAGCCGCCAAAAGUCCGAAGCCGCCGUCGGCAAGCUCACCCAGCUCCGCGGAUCCUUCACGUCCCUGACCGACGACAACUCCUUCCAAAAGGCUCCUCCUGCCGGUGCUCGCGAUCUCCGCCGUUUCGCCGCUCCCAUCAACAGGGACGGUCGCUCCGGUACCGUCUCUCCCCUCGGCGGCGGUGGUGGUGCUGGCGGUGGCCCCUCCGGCGCUCCCAAGGUCAUCAACGUCCGUUCCCUCAAGGGCACCCUCGGCCGCGGCCGCUUCGCUCCUGGGGGUGGUGUACCCGGCGCCGUCGCUCCCAGCACUGCUUUCCGUCCUCGUUUUGGCGCUGGUGCUGGUGGCCCUGGCGCUGGUGAUCGCAGAUCCGCUGGCCCUGGCGGACCCCCCGGUCGUCCUCGUUUCGGCGCCCCUGGUUCCGGCGCAGGUGGCCCUCGCACCGCAGGCGCUCGCAGACCCGGUUUCAUCAAGAGGCCAAAACCGGCCCGCGGCGGCGAGAAGAAGCCGCGCCGAGGCGAAGACGAGGACGAGCGUCCUCCCAGUGAAGAGGAAAUUGCCUUCAUCAACACCCUCGAGCAAGGAAAAGUCUCGGAGUACGUUCCCAAGCUCACGCCCGACACUUUGUUGGGAUACGGCCCGCCAAUGGCCACGGAUGCGGCGCUCGGCAAGGUGGAGACGGCUUUGCGAACGAUGCGCAUCCUCGGUGGCGGUCUGCCGUUCAACACCGAGAGCGGAGUCACUAGCGAUCCCACGGCUGUGAAGCAUCGGUACCUGCAUGAGAAGAAGCCGGUGUUCUUCAGCAGCGUCGAGGAGAAGGAGUGGUUGGAGGAGAGUCUGGAUAAGUUUGCGCUGAGCCAGGGACCGAAGGAUAAGACUAAGCGCGCGAUUCUCGAGACGAGUGUCCUCGGCAAGUAUGAGGCGCCCAAGUUUGUCGAGAGUAUCACUGAUACCGUGGCUAUGGUGGAGAAGUAUCAGGGAAGCACGUUUAGCUAUGCGUCCAGCGAUGCGAACAAGUUUAAGGCUAAGCUGAACCAGUUGCUUGCGGCUGGUCAGCCGAGGGCUGCGCUCCCGCCCCAGAAGAAGGCGUAA